AUGUAUUCCUUUCUUAACUACUUCCACCUAAACUUGGACAACGUUCUUCGAAUUUCAUCUUUAAUCUUUCUUUGUGCUCUGUCCGCGAAAAUCAUCUUUGCGAUAUGGGAGCCUAGCAGUUUCAGAGAUAUCGGAAGCACGAGAACAACUGACACGAACCUGAUUGACUAUGAUCCGUAUUGGAUGACUGAAUGGAAUAAGAUGGUAAGAGACAUGGAUCGAUCGCUGGGUAGAGUGUUUAAUGAUAUCAAGAACAUCGAAGCCUUUCCGGUUGUGGACGUAACCGAUGCAGGAAAAGAAGUUGUUGUGCAUGCCGAACUUCCCGGUAUUCCCAAGGAAAAUAUCAAAGUUGAAUUACUGGGAGAUAUGUUAACCAUUUCCGGCCAUGGUGCUGAGAACAAAGAUUACGAAACGGCUUCAGGAUGGAUUCGGGAACGUAGAUGUGGUAGCUUUACGCGUCGGUUACCCAUACCUCGUGGUGUUGAUAUUGAUAAGGUUGCAACGAAAUUUGAGGACGGACUUUUAGAACUUAGAAUUCCGAGACGUGAUGGAGCAAAGCCCAUUGUUAGAAAAAUUGAUGUCCAAUAG